AUGGCCAGCACGAAAGUCCGCCGCGCCAAGGACCAGUUCCUCUCAGUUUGCCCCACCACUCUCACCGUUGACCUCCUCGAGAAGGCCCUCCUAGCGAUAGAGAAGAGCAUAGUCGCUGUAGGAGCCUCUCGUGGUGACCCUCGCACCCCCGUCUUUGAGGGGUGUUCUCCCUCCCCCCUCUUGCCAUUUGUUGCCUCUGGUGCUGCGGCCGACCUCGUUGGUUUCGAGUCGGUCGGCGCUGCGUCUGCCCCGAGCGGGAGACGCCGCACCAGCAAGGGCAAGGGGGGCAAGGGCGCUCGAGGGGCUGGAGGGGGCGGUGGAGGUGGUAGUGGAGGCAGUGGAGGGAGUGGGGGUGGUGGUGGGAGUGGUGCCGGGGGUGGCGGCGGCGGCAGCAGUGGAGGCGGCGGAGGCGGUGGAGGUGGCGGAGGGAGCGGAGGCGGCGGAGGUAGUGGAGGAGGCGGAGGUGGAGGAGGCGGCAGAGGCGGCGGAGGCGGCAGCGGAGGCGGCGGUGGUGGAGCGAUUCGCGACUCUGCGCAGAGGAGUGGCGCCGGUGGUGGUCAGCACGAGCAGCAGCAGCGGAGUGGUGUGACCUUGUCCCCUCAGCAGCUUCGUGAGUGGUACACUGCGCGUCAGCAUGGUGGGGGUUUUGCUCCCUGCUCUUACGUCCUCCGUACCGGCGACCGCGCUGGUGAGCAGUGCGGAGGCCCGCACUCCACCCAGCGAUGCUUUGGUUGCCUAACAGACACGUGGCAUCGCCAAUUCCCUGAGGCGUCAGAGAUCCCUCGCUGGGGAGAUCUGGCUAAGGCCGGGGUUGCUAUCUUUGAUCUUGACUUUGAUGCUAUCCUUGCUGCCAUGUAUGCUGUUGAUACUAGUGUUGCUGGUGACUGUUACCUCUGUGUACCGCCUGACCCGGGCUUUGAGGCUUGUGCUCUAGGUACUGGUGAGGCUGCUGCUCUAGGUACUAGUGCGUCUGCCGCCCCAAGUGCUGGUGAGUCUGCUCUCUCAGGUACUACGUCGGCUCAGGCCUUCCACACCUUCACCCAGGACUCGAGUGCAUCCCGCUCCUUCUUUCAAGAACGCACCACUCUUACGCCGCUCAGCCGGCCGGUUGCAGUCUCCCUGACAGACCCCUCUGGGGAUCCUGUCCUUGCUAGCUUCUCCACUGUCCUUCCGUGCCUCGCAGCCCCCUCUGGCACCCUGUCUUGUCUCUACCUCCCCUUGUUCUCUACGAACUUGGUGAGUGGAGCAGACCUACAGGAUCGAGGGGCUGACCAGUUCACUCCUACGAGUCAGCAGGUGACCCACUGCACGUGUGCUCGGAGAGGCCGACACUUGGCCACGUUCACCCGUCGGCCAGGGUCGAGCCUGUACACCCUUACUACUUGA